AUGGCUGGUUCACAAUUAGCUUUAGUGAAAAAUUUGUGUCUUUGCUACUGUGAUAAUAAACCUGAAAUUUUGGAUAAAACUAUUAAUACAGUUGCGCAUUUACUUCAUUCUGAACAUGGGAAUAUUUAUCAAGAUGAUAUACGAUUACUUGAUAAAAUUUGGAAACAUUUUCAAAAAUAUGGAAGAAAUCAAGAAAUGCUUCGUUUUGGUCAAAUUUAUGCUCGGCUUAAUAAACUUAAAGUUCUCAAAGCACGCCUUGAAACACUUCAAUUUCUUUAUGCACUGGCUGAUACAGCAUCAACUGAACAUCAUCAUGAUUCAAUAAAUCGUCCACUACCAACAUCAUCAGCUAGUAGCUUUGACAUUCCAUCAUUUUCUCUUUUAUCUAUUCAAAAAGAAUCUUCUAAUACAAAAGAAAAUGGUUUUUCACAUAAUUCAUCUCAUAUAAAGUCGUCAACAUCAUUACAAAAACUUCUUCAUUAUACAAAUGAUGAUGAAAAUUCAUUAUCAUCAAAAACUCAUCUUCAUUCAACAACAAAUAAUAAUAAUGAAAUAGAAAAUAUUUCAUCUUUAAAACGAGAUAAUGAUGAAUCACGUUUAUUACGUGAACUUUUAUUUGGUAUGCAAGGUAUUGAAACACCACGUUUAUCUGCAACUGAUACCAAUAUUGAUCGUUGCACACGAAUAUUAAUAAGUCGUUUUCUUGAAUGUGGAUGGUUAUAUGAAAAAAUUCGAAAAAUAAUUAAUACACCAACAACAAGUCUUGUUGCUCAAGCAUUUAUUGCUAAUUUAUCAAGUGAAUUACGUGAAUAUCAUCGACUCAUAUCUGUUAUUGAACAACAAGAAAAUAUACCUGGAAUGGUUUCAUUAAAAAAACUUCAUGUUUGGAUGUGUACACCAAUGCAACGCUUAAAAUGUCUUGCAGCUAUUGCUGAUUCAUGUCAAGGUAAAAAAGGUGGACAACUUUUAUCAAUACUUUAUAUGCAUAGUCAACAUGGUGAUCCAUUACAACAAUCAUUACUUUAUCCAUUACUUUAUAAUUGUACAAUACCAAUUCGUGAUAUGAUUGUUGAAUGGAUAUGUAAUGGUAUAAUUAAUGAUCCAUAUCAAGAAUAUUUUGUUUCAACUGAUAAAAUGGUGACUGAAGAAAAAUUAUGGUAUGAUAAAUAUACAUUACGUGUACCAAUGGUUCCAUCAUUUAUAUCAAUGGAACAAGCAAAAAAAAUUUGGAUUACAGGAAAAUCAAUUAAUUUUUUACGUGUAGUUUGUAAAGAUCGAACUAUGUUACAAAUUAAUAAAACACCAGCUUCAUCUGAAAGUUUAUUUCAACAACAACGUUCAACUGAAUUUCAAGAUAUGAUUAUAUCGAUUUAUAAUGAAACAACACGUUAUCUUCGUUCAAUUCUUGAUGAUAAAUAUCAAAUGAUGGAUCAUUUUAAAGCUAUAAAACGUUAUUUAUUAUUAGGUCAAGGUGAUUUUAUAAAAUAUUUAAUGGAUUUAAUGGAAAAUGAAUUAAAUAAACCAGCAAAUCAAGUAUUUUAUCAUAAUUUACAAUCAUUAAUGGAUGCAGCUAUACGUGUAACAAAUGCUCAAUAUGAAAGUGAAGAUAUUAUAAAACGUCUUGAUUUACGUUUAAUGUAUGUAUCACCAUCUGAACUUGGUUGGGAUGUUUGUUGUUUAGAUUAUAAAUUUGAUGGUCCGUUACGUACAAUAUUUACAGAAGAAAAUUCUUUAAGAUAUAUGAGAAUAUUUAAUCAUUUAUGGCGUGUUAAACGUAUGGAAUAUACAACCUGUGGUGUAUGGAAACAAUUAAUGAAAUCAUCAAGACAAUUUGCUUCGAUUCCAGAAAUUUCCGAUAUGACACAUGUAUGUUUUAUAAUGUCAAAUGAAAUGACAAAAUUUGUUCAAAGUGUUAAUUAUUAUAUUAUGUUUGAAGUACUUGAAUGUUCAUGGAGUGAUUUAUUAAAUAAAUUAAUGGAAGCUAAAGAUUUAGAACAAAUUCUUGAAGCACAUGAUGAUUCAUUAUUAAAAAUUUUAACACGUCUUCAUCUUGAUGGUCAUGAAACAAGUCAAGAAUUAGCUAAACAAUUACGUUGUAUAUUUGAUUUAAUAUUAAAUUUUGGUUCAAUUAUUCAACGUUUAAUACAAUGUGUUGAAAGUGAAUUACUAGCAAGAAAACCAUAUCAAAAACAACAAUAUUACGGAACUUAUACAAAAAAUGUUGAACCUGUAAGAAGAUAA